CCGUUCUCAAGCUUACGGUCACGCUCUUACUCGACGACGCAUACCUGGCUCAUCGACGCAUCUUUCCUUGUCAUGCUCGCCUGGAUUUUCUCUCAUCAGAGUUGCUGACGUCCCGCGAUGCGUACUCGUUCUCGAAUCCUUCGUGGUCGUUCCCAAAAUUAUGGUCACGGCUUCGACGACGCACUUACUUGCUCAUUCUUCGCUCAUCCAUUCGUGAACCUUCCUCAUUCGCUCGGGCUCUCAACCCAUCAACGUCUCUUACGUCCUGGCAAGAACGUCUGGGAACGCAACCUACGUGUACCAUCGGGUCUAGCUGCACUACGCAUCCGCUUCCAUGUCCUAUGCGCCCCCGCUUCUAUGCCACAUACGUGUAAGCUUCAAUGCCAGCUCCUCGCAGAUCUCAGGCUAGCACCUCCUCAAUCGCACUGUCUGACGCUAUCGUCUCCAACGACGACCGAGAGUCUGUUCUUCGACGAUGGCCGAGCAUCUCCUAACGGCCGACUACUACGCUAUCGGCGUAUCCCCUCCGACGGCUAUCCUUGCUGCUGCGGCCCCUUAGCGCCUCUCACAAUCUCUUCAUCAACGCACAAGACCACCACCGUCUUCAAUGCGCACACGACCGCCUCAACGCCCGCUAUCGCACCUUUGUUCGCCGCCAUGGCAUCAACCGUUGGCCGCGACGUUUCUGUUCCUCGCUCGCCCUCCGUGGCGCUGCUUCUAGGAUGCCGAGCUCGACUUCUCAAUUGAAGGACCUGUGCUCUACUCGUACGACCUGUUCCCUAAGCUCAAUGACCUAUCCGUCACUCCGGCUUCUCAGCUUACGGUAAUGCAAUCCUCACUCCGCGCCACUGACCUCAGGUCCUGGGUGGGUCCCACGCGAAGUCAAGGCGUCUAAUUAUGCAGGGUCCCAUUUUUCCUUCACGCGGGACCGGGGUUCCUCAGUACAGGACGAAGCACCCUCCGGUACGACGAAUGCACGGCGAAGCCGUCGAAGCAACGUCCUUCUCACCUCCUUCCAUAUUUGUGCCUUCCCUCUAUUGACGCUCGGACCUAUCUAUGAACUUGAGCCCGCCGCGA